UCUUGAGGAGCAUCGACCCUGUAUUCCUUGUUCGUGUGUACACCCAAUGGUACCAGCAACGGCGAAGACUCUCAGCUGUUGUUCUUGCUCUCGUUGUUGCUGUUGUUGUUGUUGUUUUCUUUGCCAGUGCCGGUGUUGUUGGUGAUGGUUGCUCUGGUGGUGGUGGUUCUUGUUCUUCCAAUCAGUCGAAAGGCAACGUCUGGUCGGUGCGUGCGGUUCUCCUCUUUUGAUGGUAGAGGUGGUUCUGUCCGAGGCGACAACUGACAACUAUAUAUUGGUACCAGCAGGUUCCCAGCCAGCAGUGCGACUUACCACACCGGUAUCAAAACAAUAUACACACACACGUUACGUAACCGCUGCAUUAGCAUCAUCCACCAAUUUGAACAUGAUACAAUUAUAGAUCGCGUUUCCAGUUAUUGUUACUAUUUCAUCUUGUUGAGGUUUUUUUUUGUUUGUUUGAAAAACAUUUAUUCACAUGUCGCUUCCGACCAUGUACAAAUUCGUCCUGUUAACGUGUCUGUGCAGCUCCGUUCUCACCUCGUCCAAUUCUGCAGAUGUUAAGAACCUCGUCGGAGAGCCGGAUUACAGGAAGGUGAGGUUGCAUUGGGAAACCGAUUCGAAGGUUGGAGGAGAUGGUUUUCAAGUGAGAUACUGCGAGGUGCAAAGUUGGGGUCCGCAACGCUGCAAGACGCAGAUCGUCGAGAAAGCGGAAGAUAACGAUUUGGAGGAUUUCCGCACGUACAACGCAGACAUCGGUGGAUUGAGGAUGGCCACCACUUAUUCGUUCGAGGUGAAGAACAAGGAGUUGGGAAACAGGGAGGAUCGAGCCGAUGGAGAUGACAAGAACUUGAACGUCAUUGUGAUCCCUACGAAAGGAUUCUCUGCUAAAGCUACGCAAUGCCUUCCUCAUGCUAGCGAGAUUGAGGUAUCGACUGGUCCGCACUUUGGAGGAAAGAUUACCGUGGAGGCAGCUGAUGGUGAGAGAUGCGCCGUGGACGGUGAACCCCACAGUCAAAGAGAUACGUACACCUUGAGGAUCAAUCACGAAGAGUGCGGCAGUCAAGUCAACGACACGACCGUGGCCACCUUCGUUUUGGUCCAAGAGAACCUUCCCAUUUUGACUCACAGCACUAGGAGGUUCUUGGUGCUUUGUACCUAUCAACCGGAAACCUUAACAGUCCGAGCCGGCAUCAAUCUUCCAACCAACAGACGAGGUUUCGGACAAGCCAACGUAGAAGAGACCGGUAAACAGGGAAGGAGCAUGCGACGCGGCAGACUUCUCAUCAAACCAGAAGCUUUAGUGGAUCAGGAGCAGGAUAAGCGGGAAAAGGAAGACUCCAACAUCGUUCCGAUCGCAAUCAUAGCCAUCCUGAUGGUGGCGGUGAUAGCCGGCUUCAUAGCGAUCAUCGUCAAGUGGAACAUGAGGAAGAUGAGAGAGGACGGAGAUGAUGUCUCGAUUAGCUCGGAGAUGUCGACGGCGAGUUGCAGCACGAUCGCCGACGUCGACAUCGUUAACGAGAGGCGGCGCUAGGCCUCUUCACCAGCACACGUUAAAAGUGAUUCAACAAC